AUGACUCCCUCUGAUCGGCCCCUAGCCCAUGAGGUGAAUCCAAGUGAUAGCGAAAACGAACCCCACAGGCGCUCAGCUUCGGUCUCCGAUGGUCUACUUCCACCACACUUAUACCAAAUCGUCGCCGACAGCACUGCUCUUCAGCCAAGUAAACGACAAGUAGACACCGCGCUAGAGCAGAGCAGGGCAUACUGGUAUCAUGCUGCGACGGCGGCUCGCUUCUAUCACAAUAAUGGCAUCAAACCAGAAUCUGCGAAUCCUCACCACAUGCUUUGGAAAGUUCCCAGAAUGCGGGGACGACCAAAAACCACUUAUGCGCUGUAUAUGGGCGCUUCUCCCUGUCAAUCGCUUUGCCUUCAAGCUUCUACCACUUGGCGGCUAGAUGAUGCGACUAAAUGUGAACGUGUUCAAGAAGAGAUAACCAACACCGUGCUUCUGCAAAUCGGGACCAAGGCUGCAGUCCCUUACACGCUCAGCGGCACGGUAUUCGGCCGCUGGAUUGGUACGGAAGAUGAAGUGGCAGUUGGGCCAAACUACCUGGCAAUACUCACCUUGGGGUGGUGCUAUGUACUCUCCGCUCGCUUGGUUGAACUUCAAGGGACAGGUGCUUCCAUGAGCUAUACGGCUGGGAAAGCAGCAGUCUGUGGUCAACCGAGCCCUGAGACAACGGUACAACCUAUAGAUAUUGGUGAAACUGAUGAUGAUACAAUGUUGUGGUGGUCAUCAGUGCUGGCUCCGGGCGAAGGUUGGAUGGCUGUUGUCAAACAGCGUGAUGAUGGGGACUUUCUCGCACCCUGGUCGGUCAGAAACACGUCAAAUCAAUCCCUCUCGAUAAGACAAAAGGGUAGGGGGUCUUUCGAUGCUUCUUCUGAGCCUCUGUCAUCCAGGAGAGCAUUUGAAGCUCUCGUCCAGUUUGCACUUUUACAUAAUCUGGGAAGCCAGUUUCUUGUUGCUUUGGCGACGGCCAUGACGGUACCCUGCCACAAUUUUCAUGGCUCAACUAUUCGACUACCCAAGCCAGCACUUAGCAAGGGUAGGUGUCCAGCAGUUCCAGCAAAGGCAAUUCUUCCUGAAUGGGCCCUGUUGCGUGAGAACCUUGAAUAUUACAUGACACUAAGCUGUCAUCCCGAAGUCAUCAUGUCUUGCCUUUGUGGAAUGUUUUGGGAGCCAGGUGUGCCAUGUAACCUUGUGAGUCCAUGGCUUCAUCCUAUCCUGAUCGAAGUUUCACAAACGGACAACGCCACAUCAGACUCGGCAGGCCUUGACGCCGAAUUGCUCGCUAUUAUUGGAAGCAUGCGCCGGCCCACGAUUUCUGCUCUUUGGCUCGGGGCUGCAGCUGGCGGGCUUACGCCGAUGAUCCUUAAAAGGGUCAAACGAGGGAGACCCCCUCUAGAGUCGAUUGCCUACCCUUGGACUGGGUGUCCGCAAAGCUUCAUGGACGACGCUGGCACCGGGCCGUAUCUACAAGGCCAAUCCAAGGAGCAACAGAUAUGGAGAGCUGAUGUCUGGCGACUUCUUCACCUACCUUUCACCGAUGAAGAUGAUCUGUCAUACAGAUACCGGCCAGGCACCCCGUGGGAACCUUGUGGGAAGAUGAAUGCGCGCGAUUGUGCGCUUCGCGUGGCAUCGCACUGGGAUUGUCCACGACAUCGAUUAAUUUAUCAUCAUUGGAACUGGGAGCUGGAAAAGACACCACAACUACAGGAUCCUGGAUUUUCGAGCGCGAUGGCCCCCGUGAUUACUAGGAUGGACGUGGAUGAUCUCCCUAUCAGAAGAGUAGAGCAGUAUCCCCAUAGAAUACAGGACGAAGACGCGUCUCAACAAGCAUCCUUGGAGAUUUUCCGUUGGUUUAUCUUCAACGGUGAAGGCUUUCCUCCGGGGGACUUCUACAAGAACGAAUGGCUGGACGCUUUGCAGGACGACGAGGAUAGUGAAGAGGAAUCUCAAGGGAAUGACAGCAAUAUGGAUUCCCAUAGCCCAACAGAGGAGGGCCCCGAUGGGUUGCAACGAUGGUUAGAUACGAUUUAA